GGCCGGACGUCGAGAUGUCGGCAUAUCCGCAAGGAUCAUCGGCUGAAGAUUCCAUCUAGUCGUCAUCGGAUCUCUCUCCCCACUACUUCUGGAAACUGCGUGUUGAAUCAGGCGACUACCGGAGCCAAAACCCUACCGGAGUGAUGAGCAACGGCGGCGAGUUGAGAUACGUGAUCGGUCAAAAUGCUUACAUCAAGCUCAUACUCCAUGCCUUGAAGCACAAAACCUCCUCCGUUAACGGCGUCCUCCUGGGCCGUCUCUCAGGCGAUGUAGUGGAAAUCACCGAGUCGGUUCCUCUUUUCCACUGUUCUCAGAUCGGACUCCUACCUCCUCUUGAGAUCGCUUUAAUUAUGAUAGAAGAGUAUUACAGUUCACAGGGAUUGAGUAUUGUGGGCUAUUUCCACGCCAACGAGCGAUUCGAUGAUCUCGAGCUCGGUACCGUUGCUAAGAAUAUUGCCGAUCACAUUUAUCGUUAUUUCCCUCAAACCGCGGUGCUCUUGCUAGAUAACAAAAAACUUGGAGCUUUGAGAAACAAGAAGGAUACGGCUCCUGUAAUGCAGCUCUAUACACGAGACUCCUCUAGAAGUUGGAACGUAGCCAAUCGGAUUACCACCAAGGAGCCAUCUGCCAAUAUCCUCCUCUUGGAUUUCACUUCAUCCGAGAAAUGGAACGAUAUCGUAGACUUCGAUGACCAUCUUGAUGACAUAAGCAAGGAUUGGCUGAACUCCGAACUCUUCAAGUAAUGUUUCAGUUUUGGCUGCAAAGAUAGACCAAGAUCCCUUCCUUUUUUUCCAUCUCAUGUAACCUGUGUGUUUAUUUUUUUUUGGUUUAUCAAAGUUUUUGACUCAAAAUGAGGAUUAUUAUUAACUUUUAAUGGCUGUAGUUGGAAAGCACUGCAUUAUUAUGUCUUAAAAGAAAGAUUGACUUGACUGCUUU